AUGGCACAGUUACGAAAAUUAGAGGGAGAAGUGGAGGUGAAAUGUUCAGCAGAAAUGCUAUUUAAAAUGAACAUGGCUAAACAACCCAAUAUUCCCAACAUAUGUUCCAACAUGUGUAGGGUUGAAGCACACCAAGAUGGGAAGUCAGAAUACCUUAUAGAGAGGAUUGAAGCAAAUGAUGAGAAGAACAAGAUCAUACAUCGUAGUGCAAUUGAUGGAGAUAUAAUGAAAACUCAUUGCAAAACAUUCUCAAGCACAUUGUAUAUAAUCCCAAAGGGACAUGCAUGUUGUGUGGUAAAAAUUACUCUCGAGUAUGAGAAGAUGAAUGAAGAUGCUCCAGAACCUCAUCAAUUGCUACACUUUGGACUUGCUAUCUUCAAGGAUCUUGCCCGUCACCUUACUAAUGCCAAUUGA